AUGGCGAACCGGACUAGCGUGACCGGGGUAUUCACGGAAUGCGCAGAGAGAUCGGACCUGGACACCAUGAGCCAGGUAAGCCAGGUCUCCACGCGGUCCAGCCAAAGCCGGCAACUGCCCAUCGGCAAGUCGCGAAAGCGGCCCAAAAAGAAGGACUCCUUUGCAUCAACCUGUUCCUCGAUAGCAGAGCUUCAGCCGCCUCCACCUAAAGGCACUUGGUGCCGAAUUGCCAGCUCAUUGAAGUGGCUUGGGCGAUCUCUUGGGCAUCUUUGCUCUCCCAAUCGGUCCUCUUACGAGGUUAUUUUGAGGAAGUCGUCCAGCGAGAUCCUCGCGUCACCGGGCUCGUUCUGCGCAACACCAACCUUUCGUCGGGAGAUCAGCGCGCGAUCCUACGCCAACCGCUUCAUUCAGUUCAGCUUAGAGUUCGACCAAACGCUUUCGCCCCGGAGCCGAGCCUUACUCGACUCUCCGCGUCGUGUGUCUCGCACAUGGCAGGAUAGUGAGGACUACCAGUACCGACUGUCCAUGCCAUAG